AUGGCACUCCGGCCAUCCCUGUUCUCGCGCUGGCUCGCCCAGCCAACACAGCUCCUCCACCGAAGCACCCUCCUCACAACCCGAACCUCCCCAUCGCAGAGCCUAUCCGUGACUCGAUACGCCCUUCCAGCCAGCAAACCACGCACAUUCACCUCCCUAACAACCCGCCUGACGACUCGCACCCGCCCAAGAACAAUCCAAGUACCCCGUCGCAACGCGCGCCGCGCAAACUCCUCCUCCUCCUCGUCUUCCAGCACGCAACCCCCCAAAGAAGGCGGAUCCCUCUCACAGCGUCUUCGCACGUUGUCCCGAGAAUACGGCUGGGCCGCGCUGGGUGUGUACCUGGGCCUGUCCGCGCUGGAUUUCCCGUUCUGCUUCGUUGCGGUGCGAUUGCUUGGUGUGGAGAGGAUUGGGCAUUGGGAGCAUGUCGUUGUUCAAUCUGUCAAGGACGUGUUUUAUUCUGUCUGGCCGCAGGAAGAGGGUGGGAAAGUCGAGGGUGAGGGUGAUGAGGAGGGUGGUGCGCUUGUGAAGGAGGAUGGGAGUAUGGAGGAAGCUAGUAUAUGGACUCAGUUGGCGUUGGCGUAUGCCGUCCACAAGAGUCUGAUUUUCAUCCGUGUCCCGUUGACGGCGGCCGUUACGCCUAAGAUUGUCAAGGUGUUGCGGCGCUGGGGUUGGGAUAUUGGCAAGCGCAAGCCGAAGAGCACCUAA